AUGUUGUCCCGUGGCCCUGGAGCGGCCCUGGGGCUCGGUUCCCAGCCCAGCUGCAGCCCCCCGGUGCCUGCACCAAGGAAUUCCCCCCUGGCUCGGCCCCUCUGUGCCCCCUGGAGCUGCUCCCUCGCCCUGCUCGGCCACGAGGAGCCCGUGGAGAGCGGCACCAGGAGCCGCUGCGAGCCGGGGGUGGCGCUGCUGGAGCGCUCCUGCCCCGGCCCCGACCCGCAGCUGCUGCGCAGGAUCGUGGCGCAGGUGGAGUUCUACCUGUCCGAUGAGAACCUGGCCAGGGACGCCUUCCUGCUCAAACACGUGCAGAAGAACAAGAUGGGCUUUGUCAGCAUCAAACUGCUGACGUCCUUCAAGAAGGUGAAAUACUUGACCCGGGACUGGCGCCUCACCCUCUACGCCCUCAAGUUCUCGGCGCUGCUGGAGGUGAACAAGGAGGGCACCAAAGUGCGGCGGCGCCUCCCCAUCCCCGAGCACCUGCUGAGCGUCCCCCCGAGCAAGCUGCUGCUGGUCUGGGAGCUGCAGCCGCGGGAGCAGGACCUGCCCCUGCAGAAAACCUUCCUGGACACCAUCACCAGGAUGUUCAGCCCCUUCGGAGCCAUCGCCUCCAUCCGCCUGCUGCGGCCGGGCCGCAAGCUGCCCUCGGACGUGCGCAGGUACUCAGCAAGGUUCCCGGAGCUGCUGAGCCGCUGCUGUGCCCUGGUGGAGUACGAGAGCCUGGAGAGCGCCCGCAGCGCCGCCGACAGCCUCGGGCAGCGCGCCUGGCACGGCGGCAUCAGGGUGGUGCGGCUGUGCGGCAAGGGAGGCAAGAAGAAAUCCAGCGAGGAGAGAGCGGCUUGGAAGGUGCCACCACCGGCUCUGAGCAUCCCCCGCAGCCCCAGGGAGGGCUCCCUGCCCUGCAGCGCUCCCCAGCCCGGUGAUGCUGCAGGGUCGCUGUCCUUCCUCCUGGACCAGGAGCUGCUGGCACCGGCGUGGCCUGGUGGUGAUUUCACACCGGGAGAUUCCAGAAGCUUCCCCGGCUCGUUCCUCCCUGAGCUCGGGGUGGGCACUGAGAGCUGCCCCGGGGGUGCAGCGGGGUCCUGGACACCCUGGAGCAGCGGGCUCUGUCCCAAAGGUUCCCUCAGUGAUGCCCAGGGGGUGUCUGAGCCCCUCAGCCUGUGGGAUGGGGUCCUGCCCUUGCCCAGCAGCCCCAAGAGCUUCGGGAGAGAAGAGCUCGUCCUGCGGCGCUGAGAAUCCUUCAGUCCAGGGCUGGGGGUU